CUGCGAGUUAACAUUUUUGCUUGGCUGGGCGGUUGACCUGGGCACCGCGCCUUACAAGGCACCCUUAGAUUCAACACCUGGUUGUUUGAAAAACCAAAAAAUAAUCCCAAAAAACACCAUCAAAACAAAAAUAGAAACAGACAGAGAUCUGAACCCAAUUUACCAGAGCACGAUAACAUCGUUGCCUUGUCCGAUAUCUUUCCUAAUUCUAAAUGCUCUUUUAAGGUUUGUUAGUGACAGAGCCCGUCACAAUUCAGAAAUCAAGAUACCCAAGAGACAUGGCAGCCAACGGAGUGUUGGGGGAGAGGGAUGCUUGGAAGGCACACGCGGCCAUGGCGAUGGUGCAGUUGUUUAAUGGAGGGUAUCAUGUGAUUACCAAAGUAGCUCUUAAUGUUGGGAUCAACCAGCUUGUCUUUUGCGUGUUUCGUGAUCUUCUUGCUCUCUCCAUUCUUGCUCCCGUCGCAUAUGUCCGUGAAAAAAGGAUUAGACCACCGAUGAAUAGACCUCUUUUAUUGUCACUUUUCUUUCUUGGAUUAACGGGGAUAUUUGGCAACCAACUUCUAUUUCUCAUUGGUCUAAGCUACACAAAUCCAACAUAUGCUGCUGCCAUACAGCCAUCAAUUCCAGUCUUUACAUUUCUCCUGGCUGUAAUGAUGGGUACAGAAAGAGUGAAUUUGUUCAGAGCCGAAGGUCAAGCUAAGGUUGGAGGGACCCUUGUCUGUGUUUUUGGGGCCAUAUUGAUGGUUCUGUUCCGUGGUCCAGUUUUGAUUGGUUACCAGGAUGCUGAGUUUUCAGCACAUAAUGAAAUAAGUGCCAAGGGUCAACCAGAACCCACUGGAUGGUUUAUGUCUACUUUUCUAGAGCUUGGAUUGGAGCAUUGGCAUAUUGGGGUUUUAUGCUUAAUUGGGAACUGCAUGUGCAUGGCUGCUUUUCUAGCCAUCCAGGCUCCAGUUUUGAAGAAGUAUCCUGCAAAUCUUUCCGUCACAGCAUAUUCAUACUUUUUUGGUGCUUUCUUGAUGGUAACAACAGCUUUCUUUAUGACCAAUGACUCAACAGACUGGCAUUUGGCACAAUCCGAGCUUUUUGCAGUCAUCUAUGCUGGAAUUGUUGCUUCUGCCCUUAAUUAUGGUCUCCUGACUUGGUCCAAUAAGAUCCUGGGACCUUCUUUGGUUGCUCUUUAUAAUCCGCUUCAGCCAGCAGCAUCAGCCAUUCUGUCAAGAAUUUUCCUUGGAAGCCCAGUAUAUUUGGGGAGGUCUAACUCUGUCCCAUCCAUAGUUAUACUACUACCUUGUGCAAUUUAAUUUCUUGUUGGUUGAUCAAUUUCUUUAUAGAUUUUUUGCAAUUCAUUCUGUACAUAUAUAGGUGUUUUUUUUUGG